CCAGGCUGAGAUCCUCCGCGGCGUUCCACCCUUCCGGCCCCGAGCUCUGUCCACCGCCUCCACCUUCCGCCCGGCGCCGGCUUUCGGCCCGACAGUCGCCGCGUUCCAUCGCCGCGCGGCCCCUGCGGCGCUUGGGCCCGCAAUGUCGGGCCCCAACGGGGACCUGGGCAUGCCGGUGGAGGCGGACGCGGAAGGCGAGGACGAUGGCUUCGGAGAAGCAGGUGCUGUCUCGGAUGCGGGGCGAGCUCCUGCGAGCGGGUCCCUGGAAACCACAGCGGUGACAGCUGUGGAAUACGCUGCCAUCAACUCCAUGCUGGACCAGAUCAACUCGUGCCUGGACCACCUGGAGGAAAAGAACGACCACCUCCACGCCCGCCUCCAGGAGCUGCUGGAGUCCAACCGGCAGACACGCCUCGAGUUCCAACAGCAGCUUGGGGAGGCCCCCAGCGAUGCCAGCCCCUAGGCUCCAGGGCCCCCGGUCAGGCCUCAGCCUUCCUGUGCUGGGCUCUGGCCUGGGCACUCCCACUCUGGCUUAGAUACCUCCUCAAAGGCUGGCUUUCAGAGUCCCCUGGUGGGUCUGUCCACCUGGCCACCCUUCUGGCAGUCCCCUUGGCCUGCCUGGGCCAGCCCCCACUAACUGCAUCCCUUCUGGGGGAUGGGGGUCGGCCUGCGACUACCCUCUUGUUGCCUGCCCUACUCUUAGGCCCUGCCCAGGCCUGAGUGACCACAUUAAACGGGUCUCCCACACCA